CCACUUCAAACCUAACCGUGUGUUCUACUCGUUCCCUGUCUGUGCGGUGUUUCACUGAUAAACUCGUCAAUUGAAAAACCUUCUUACAAAUUUUCAAAAAAAGAAGAAAAUAUGCAGAACGACGCUGGAGAAUUUGUUGAUCUCUACGUUCCUCGAAAAUGUACGGCUAGUAAUCGUAUCAUCCACGCAAAGGAUCAUGCCUCCAUCCAGAUCAAUUUAGCAGAUGUGGACGAAACUACCGGCAGGAUGUUGGAUACUUCAAAGACCUAUGCGAUCUGUGGGGAUAUUCGACGAAUGGGCGAGUCCGAUGAUUGUAUCAACAGGUUGGCGAAAAAAGACGGACUGCUGGCGAAGAAUUUUUAAUUUUACAAAAACUGUAAUAUGAAGCAGAGCGGAAAUAAAUUCGACUGCGAAACAAACCAA